AUGGAUUGCUGCUCAGAUGGAUUAGUGGAAGGUGUCCGUGCUCUGACACAGAGGUUUCUGGGCACAUCUAGAAGCAUCUCGGAGACGGAGGGAGGAAGGUCGAACCUUGUGGACAAUGACUCCAAGUGGAUCGACACCACAGAGGUGAUAGAGAAAAAGGGCAAGAUCCCCGUCACAGGGCGAUACUGCACCAACAGGCGGCUGCGAGACGACUACAAGGUUGCCUCCAAGGUCCUGGGUUCUGGUAUGAGCGGUCCAGUUCAGCUGGCCACCAGUAAAGAUGGCGAAAAGUGUGCUGUGAAGAGCUUCAAGAAGCACGGCCUCUCCGACGCCCGUCGGACCGACCUCAAGAACGAGCUCUCCCGCAUACAAAGCGGGGCACAACGAGCCAGUCUCCCUCUGCGACUUGGCGUCGUGGCUGGAGGCAUGGCAUCUGCAAUGCUCAGAGAUUGCGAUUUCAACUUCCAGCCGACGAGUGAUGUUCUAGGAGCCUUCGAGGGUGAGGCCAUGUUCAGCGAGAGACGGAUGAGCGUGACCACCUUUAAGACCAGCUGGCGAGAACACGGUGCAGACGACCGACGUCCCCCGCUCCCCAGAAAGCGACCUCACGAAAACGCCAAAGCACCCCGGAGACGGGCGAGGGACAAGGACGAGGUCAUGACUGAGCAAAUGGCAGAGGAACAGAAACCCAUGUAUGAUGAGGACGGGAACAGAACCUGCCUCAGGUGCACACUGGGAGUUACCAAGGGACGGGGCGGCACAGAGGGUCGUGACGAUGGUAACAAAAAUGGAUGA